AUGCAAGCAAUGUCGUUUGAUCUCUUCGCAUCACAGGAUUCUUAUCGCUCAAUAGCAGAUGGAAAUUGGAAAUGCAAACCUGUUAGCUACGACGACUUUCGGCUUCAGAAUUUAUUAGAAAAUUCAACAAACUCACUGGAUUUGCCCUCGAUCAGAAGUGCAAUGUCCAAUCAGUUGGAAUGUGAGAGUUUCAACAUUAAACCAUCAGAAUUGUGUUCGCGUGGAAUUGGACAACUCUUCAACAAAAUUCUUUCAACUUAUCAUCUGAUUGAACACUCGGCUCGACCACGAGAAGAACUUUCAACUUUGUUAAAACUGCUACGAUUUCUUCACUUGGUAACAACUGACUCAAUGAUUUGUGAUAAUGCUACUCUUGCUACGAUCAGAAAGGAAGUUAUCUUUCUUCUCCGAGCUGUUGGUUCACCAUUGGAGCGGGAAUCUGCACGGUUUCUGCAUUUUAAAGAGAACGCGGAAUUACAUGCCCUGUUGUUAAUUUGGAGAUUUGGCUUAUCCCUACUACAAGUAAUCAAUGAAGUACAACCAGUUGAGACGGCAUCUUUUGUUUCAACCAUCUCGCGUGGUUUCAUUACAAAUCUCAUCACUUUAUUUACUUUUGCUGGCAAAACAUUUCCGUGCCAAUGCUUGCUUGAAAUGUGUCUCGGAGUGUUGAACCAAAACAUCCUCGAAAUGACACAAACAACCCGUGAAGUUGCAGCAACGUCAGUUGAUUUUAUUGAAAAGCAAUAUCAGCAGUCGUGUUCGUUGAUUGAUGUCUUCGAUUUCCUUGUCUUACUCGAAGAAGCUUGUUUGCAAAUCCAAUCACAUUCAAGAAGUACUGAUUUUUCUUCAUCGAUUUUCUCUACUUUGGUGGAUAUUGCUGUGAUGAAAUGGUCUGAGGAUUCAACACGAAUAACCUCUGCUCUGAUAUCGCUUAUAAUGAAAGGCUCUGGAAAAAAAUUAUUGGAUAAGUCAACGUUCCGCUUGAAAGCUCUUGUGAAUUUGAUUGUGGUCUCUAUAUUUUCGGGAAAUGUCAACGAAUUUGAUGUCGAAGAAACGGAUUUGGACGACAUCCUGAACAAUUCUUUAUCUAAACCGUCAACUUUUGCGCUUUAUCUCAAAAUAUUUGAAUUACUUGUGUCAAAUGAUGCUAUUGGAAGAAGUGUUGAUAACAACAUUCGAGCCCAAAUUUCCGCGAAAAGUUUUGGAGAAGAUCAAUCGGAUGCAAAAGUGACACGAACGUUCAUUUUUCUAUGUGUUUGGAUGAAAUGCCUAAAAGAGCCAGAAAAGCUCGUCACGAAACUCGUCGAUUGGUUAAAGACUACCGUUGUUCAACAUGGACUACCGCAAAAAGAUGUCGCUUCGGGUGUCAAAUGGAAAAGUAUACCAACUUAUCAGGCUGGUUCUGGAGUCUUCAACAUUCAACAAAAACAACUGCCUGUAACUGUUACAAGAAAAGAUCAAUUGGCCCCAGAGCAACAAAAAUGUUCAGUGUCUCAGGAUCGCCUGAUGAUGUUCUUACGGUUUCUUGGAUCAAUUCGUUUAUUGCUCGAGAGCCGGUCGCAGGAAGCCACACAACAAAUUAUUGAGCUAAGAACGUAUUUGCGCUCCUUUAUUGACACAAAGCGAGUUACUAGUAAAAAUUAUAUUGGUGGAAUUGUCGAGGACCUGGGAGAAAGUGAUGUAACACCUGAAAUAGAGAGUCUUGUGGAAAAAUUGUCAGAUGUACAAUUUGGAGAGUUAUGCCAACAGUUAUUGCAAACGGGGAAAAAGUUUUCCGAUCGAAUUGUUGGCCGAGCUGAAACUUUGGCGCGUAAGGAUUCAAAAUCCUACUGCAUUUUACCCGUACAAGAAUUUGUAAUAAUCCAGAUGAAACUCGAUUUGACCUCAAAGAAUUUUAAGCUUUGCGAUCGUUUACUUCGUUUUCAUUUGGACAAAAAUUUCCCAUUUGAUCCAUCAUACGCGCUUCGAACGCUUGGUGCCGUGUUGAAUUACUUAGAUGAUCAACGAAAGGAUCAAUUGAGCAUGCCUUUGUGGAUUCGUUCUAUUUUCGAAAAUCCGGAAAAGUUUUCAUGUGAAUUUGAGGCGGCAAAAGUGUCGGAUGCUCUGAUGGAUUUUGCUAGUCACCUUGUUCCCCAUCUCGGACAAUCACUAUCUGAUACGCCUAACAACUACAAAGCGGCUCUUCUGAAGAUUCCUGAAAUUUUUGCAACCUGGGCGAGAAACGACACGGUCGCGACAGAGAAACACCUCGAUCUUUGGUUUCAAGAAUCAGUGUUAAUUUCAGCGAAAAAGGCAUGCACAAACGAAAAUAGUAUUUUAUCCGCGUACUUUAUGGCUAUGAUGCUUCAACAAUGCGGUUCAUUAUUAUAUCGGUUAGCGAAACGGCCCCGUUUUUCAUUCAACCAAAGCCUUCACUGUCAGUUGAUUACAAGUUUACAAAAAUUUCUGAAAACGGAAAUCGUACAACACGAUUACGACGUGAACGUUGAUGAUUUGACGGUCGCUUACUUGAAGUCAUAUUGCAAUUUGAUAUUGGAUCAAAACGACAAAUUUUAUUGGUGCCGUUACAAGGACUUGUUACUUCAUUGUGCGACUAAUUCUUCCAAUGUCGUGCGCAACGAAUUGAAUAGGGUUCGACGAUAUCGAGAGCUCGUCGACGGGAUUACCGCUUCGUCAGAAGAAAAUGCGACAUUAACAUCGUUAUUCAUAGAUUUUUCGUCUUUA